AUGACCGGGAUUUUGUCGAAGACACUUUCGGAAGUGCAUCCUUCUCUCCGAACGAAUGGUAUGGGUAUUGGGAACACCCACAGGAGGAUAUCGUUGGGUUUUCUUCCUCCCAACAAGAAGAAUCCUCUGGUGCGAAAAUUUCGUGCAAGAAAGAGUAACAAUGAUCAGCGAAGCUUUAGAUCUUUAACAAACGAUUUCGGAAGUAAUGUCCAUGAGCCAAGUCCGUACCUGGGUAAUAUUGAAGAAGAACCUGACCUAUACUAUCAUGACGAAGAAGAUGGCGAACUAAGCAGAACUAUUUCUCUACCCUCAAGGGUCUCAGAAACUCCCGAUCUUUCACUACAAGAUGUUGAUUGGAUUCUACAUGAACAUGAAAGACGAUACUCAUCAGUAUACAACUCUGAUAAUGAGGAUGCAAGUGGCAGAAAUACACCAGAUGGAGUACAGGAACAUUCUGGAAGAGAACUGGAAUAUGAUGAAUUCAUGAAUAGACUCCAAGCUCAGAAACAAAAAUUGAUACAAAGCACGGCAAUGGACGCUAAAAAUGCUUCGCACCGUAGACGGCCAUCAUUCGUAUCUGUAACUAGUCGGGGCUCUAUCCCCACAAUUUAUCAAGAACUCAAUGAGAACGAUUCAGAGGCGCUUGCCGAAUUGGCUCAUAGCCAUGUGACUUUCAAAUCAGAGGCAAAAGUUUUAGCAUCUUACUCCUUCCCUUUAAUUUUCACGUUUUUACUAGAACAGAUUUUUCCUAUGGUAUGUUCACUAACUGUAGGCCAUUUAGGUAAAAAUGAGCUAGCAGCUGUGUCAUUAGCGUCUAUGACUUCUAAUAUAACACUAGCAAUAUUUGAAGGCAUUGCCACUAGUCUGGAUACUCUGUGCCCUCAAGCAUAUGGCUCUGGAAGGUUUUAUAGUGUCGGAGUUCACCUUCAACGUUGCAUUGCGUUUUCAUUAGUCAUAUAUAUACCUUUUGCAUUUAUGUGGUGGUAUUCUGAACCUCUUCUUUCUUAUAUCAUUCCUGAGAAAGAAUUAAUCAACUUAACGUCUCGAUUUUUAAAAGUACUGAUACUGGGAGCGCCAGCGUACAUUUUUUUUGAGAAUUUAAAACGAUUCUUACAAGCUCAAGGUAUAUUCGAUGCAGGCAUCUAUGUCCUAACGAUAUGCGCUCCUUUGAACGUAUUAGUCAGUUAUACUCUUGUUUGGAAUAAGUACAUUGGUGUUGGGUUCAUUGGGGCCGCAAUUGCUGUGGUAUUAAAUUUCUGGCUGAUGUUUUUUUUACUAUUACUUUAUGUGCUGCAUAUUGAAGGAAGAAAAUGCUGGGGUGGAUUUUCAAAAAAGGCUUUCACCCAUUGGAAGGAUUUGGGUCAUUUGGCCUUCUCAGGUAUUAUAAUGUUAGAAGCUGAAGAACUAUCAUAUGAACUGCUGACGUUAUUUAGUGCAUAUUAUGGUGUAAGUUAUUUAGCUGCUCAAUCUGCAGUAUCUACCAUGGCAGCAUUACUUUACAUGGUACCCUUUGCAAUCGGAAUAUCCACAUCUACAAGAAUAGCCAACUUCAUUGGCGCAAAGAGGACUGAUUAUGCGCACAUCUCUUCUCAAGUUGGUCUGUCGUUCUCAUUUGUUGCAGGGUUCACUAAUUGCUGCAUAUUGGUAUUUGGGCGUAAUUUAAUUGCCAACAUAUACUCGAAAGAUCCUGAAGUCAUCAAAUUAGUUGCCCAAGUAUUGCCCUUGGUAGGUGUUGUGCAGAAUUUUGAUUCACUUAAUGCUGUUGCUGGGUCGUGCCUAAGAGGUCAAGGUAUGCAAUCCUUAGGAAGUAUAGUAAACCUUAUGGCGUACUAUCUAUUUGGAAUCCCCUUAGCGUUGAUCCUAAGUUGGUUCUUCGACAUGAAAUUGUAUGGGCUUUGGAUUGGUAUUGGAAGCGCUAUGCUAUUAAUUGGGUUGAUCGAGGCUUAUUACGUACUUUUCCCUGAUUGGGACAAAAUUAUGAGCUACGCUGAAAUUUUGAAGGAAACUGAAGACGAUGAAGUGGAUAGUGACGAAUAUUUAACAGACUCGGAUGAUCCAGACGAAAAUACAGCGCUUUUAGGAGCCUAG